GCAUUAUUGCGACAGACCGGGAACUCACAUGCCUGCAGUCUGCCCUCAGGGCUUUUACUGUCCGGAGGGCACUUCUGCUGCCGAACCUUGUCCUGAAGGAACCUACAGCUCGCGUUCAGCUCUCAGUAAUGGGUCUGAGUGCUCCUCUUGUGCUGGAGGACAGUAUUGCACCAGUGUGGGACUCUCAGAGCCCUCAGGAAGCUGCAAAGAGCGCUUCUACUGUAGAGAAGGAGCCAAGUCUGCAACUCCUGCAGAUGGGCCGACAGGAGGUUUGUGUCCAGUAGGAAGUUACUGUCCUUCGGCUUCGUCCUCUCCACUGCCCUGUCCAUCUGGCACCUUUAGCAACAGCACUGGCCUCAGCAGACCUGAGGAGUGUGUCAGCUGUCCGCCAGGUUUCUAUUGUUUAGGUUCCAACAACACCUCCCCUUCAGGUCCUUGUUUUCCUGGUUUCUACUGUACUGGUGGCUCAGCUUCCCCUGUUCAGAGUGAAGCAGAGGAAGGGUAUUAUAGCUUGGAGAGGGCAGCGAGGCAACAGCCAUGUCCUCUUGGCACAUAUCAGCCGCGUCGAGGUGCACACUCAUGUAUGGAGUGUCAGGGAGGCCGACUGUGUAACCAGACAGCCUUGUCACGCCCACCAAUGUGUCCCAAAGGACACUUCUGUCCUCCGGGGUAUUCUGCUGCUCGACCCUGUCCUCCAGGCUCUUACUCUGACCAGCCUGGUGGUGAUGCUGUGCACCACUGUCGGCCGUGCGAGGCCGGAUGGUUCUGCAGCCGAGCCGGACUCUCUGAGCCUCAGGGUCUCUGUGACCCGGGACACUACUGCACCUCUGGAGCCUCCACUGCCUCUCCUCAGGUGGCUUUGUUGUCUGGAGGAGUUUGUUCUCCAGGCUACAUCUGUCCACGAGGGACCUCUUACUCGCAGCAGCACCCCUGCCCUGCAGGGACCUGGAGCAGCACUGUGGGUGCCCAAAACAUGUCCUCCUGCUGGCCCUGCCCUUCAGGACUAUACUGCAACAAUACAGGACUCAGCAAGCCUUCAGGACUUUGUGAUAAAGGGUAUUACUGUUCAGGAGGGGCUGUGUCUUCAAUGCCCUCAGACAGUUUGACAGGGGACAUUUGCCCAAUUGGACACUACUGUCCAAUGGGCUCAACUUCCCCUCUCCUCUGUCCUGAUGGGACAUACUUCAACAGUACAGGUGCAGAAGAGUGUGAUGACUGCCUCUCAGGGACUUACUGUCUCUCGGGGGAAGGCGUCCAGUCCUGUCCAGCAGGACACUAUUGUUUUGGUGGCAGUGUUGAGGGCAUCCUGCCCUGCCCUCCUGGCACAUACAGCCCUCAGUUUGGCCUCAGCCAAGUGGAGCAGUGCCUCAUCUGUCCAGCAGGGUUUUACUGUGAGGACUGGGGUCUGUUUGAACCUACUGGACCCUGUCAAGCUGGUUACUACUGCAUCGCAGGUGUGAACUUUCAGAACCCAGAUGGUAACUUCAGCACAGGAGUGGGAGGAACCUGUCCAAAGGGGAAGUACUGUCCUGAGGGCACCAGUCUCCCCCUGCCCUGCCCACCAGGUACCUACUCUAACAGUCUUCAUCUGACAGAAGUCUCUGGCUGUAAUCCAUGUCCAGCGGGUGUUUUCUGUGGCACUGCAGGUCUCACUCGUCCAUCUGGACUGUGUCAGGCAGGAUUUUACUGUCCAGGGGGAGACACAAAAGCUACAGGCUCAGAAGGAGGUCUUUGCCCACAAGCUCAUUACUGCCCUGAGGGAAGUGCAAGCUCGGUGCCAUGCCCAGCUGGAGCCUACUCCAUCCUCACAGGCCAAUCAGUGUGUUCCCGCUGUCCUGCUGGCUACUACUGUCCAGAGAAGACUGGAAACUUCUCCAAGUCCCCCUGUCCCCCUGGUUUCUACUGCCCCGAUGGUACAACGCAUGCCACCCAGUUUCCCUGUCCUCGUGGAUACUACAACCCGGAGCCAAUGACUCAGAGUCUGGACAGCUGCCUGCCUUGUCCCCCUGGACGCUACUGUGAGAAGGAGAGGCUGACCAAAGUGUCUGGAAAAUGCAAAGCCGGUUGGUUUUGUGUGUCAGCUGCAUGGAACUCCCAGCCUUUUGACCUGGACAACUACACAAAUGCCAACUGUCUUUGUCCAGCUACAUCUACAGGGGGGCGCUGCCAGGCGGGCUUUUACUGCCCCUUAGGUAGCUCAGAGCCUGUGCCUUGUCCACCUGGAACAUUCUGUAACAUCUCAGGCUUGGCUCUGCCGAUGGGACCCUGCUUCCCUGGGUAUUUCUGUGUUGGAGGAGCAACUGAAGGCAAACCAACAGAUGGAGGAACAGGCAGCAUCUGUCCACCUGGGGCAUACUGUGUUGAGGGCUCUGGAGAGCCAGAGUUGUGUCCAGCAGGUACUUUCUCCCCAGUGCCAGGUCUAACCAGUGAGGCGAGCUGUCAGCCGUGUACUGCAGGUGUCUACUGCAGAGAACCAGGUCUCAGGGCUCCAACUGGACCCUGCAGCCAAGGCUAUUGGUGUCCGCCUGGUCAGACAGUGGCUACAGCUCUGCCGUGUCCUCCAGGUCACUUCUGUGUGCAAGGAAGUGCCACUCCAGAGCCUUGCCCGUCAGGAACCUACCAGGACAGAGAGAAACAGGCAGCCUGCACCGUUUGUGGCGCAGGGUACUACUGCGAUUUGAGACUAGCCAAUGCCUCUUUUUUGCGGCCUUGCCCCAAAGGACACUACUGCCCUGCAGGUACAAGCAUGCCCGACCAACACCCCUGCCCCAGAGGCUCCUUCAACCCGAGAGUGCACACUGCCAGCCUCACAGCCUGCAUGCCCUGCGCUGCGGGACACUUCUGUCCUUCUGUGGGCCUGUCAGAGCCGGCAGGUGAGAAAGAGGGUGACCUCUUCUUUUAA